CUGAUCUUCUAUUCUCUAGUCUUUUUGCUGAUUUUCAACUGCUGACGUUACAGGUUAAAUUGUAGCCAAGAUUGUAGCAUCAGUUUUUAAUGUCUUAUAUAGAAUACUGAAUUAAAAUAUAUUGAAAUAAUAAUUUUUAAUAAAUAAUGGCGAAUUUUACUGAAGAUUUAUUUGACGUCUUUGACGAGCAGGGCGAUGAUGUGGAGAUGAUACCAGAAAUUCUGAAGAAAAUCGAACCAGAAGCAGGAAUAAAGCGACAGCUUGACAAUGAAAAUGACUUGAAGUCGCUUAAGAAAUUACGGCAUGAUCCUAUUCUGGAUGAUAUCAAUCUAGAGGAUGUGGCAUGUCGCAUAAAAGUACACAAUAUAGAGACUGUUGAAUCUUGUAUGCACGAAAUUGCUGUUCCUCCUGAUCAAGAAUACAUACCUUUGGAACAUAAACAGGGUAAACCAGCCAAGGAAUAUAAAUUUAUACUUGAUCCAUUCCAAAAGGAAGCAAUUUUGUGCAUUGAAAACAAUCAGUCGGUUCUUGUUUCCGCUCAUACAUCAGCUGGUAAAACUGUUGUAGCUGAAUAUGCGAUAGCAUGUUCACUUAAGGAUAAGCAGAGAGUGAUAUAUACAACCCCAAUUAAAGCGUUGAGUAAUCAGAAGUAUAGAGAGUUUCAUGAGGAAUUCAAGGACGUCGGUCUGGUAACAGGUGAUGUUACUAUAAAUCCAACAGCUAGCGUGCUAAUUAUGACUACAGAAAUCUUGCGCAACAUGCUGUACAGAGGAUCAGAGGUGAUGCGUGAGGUUGGUUGGGUGAUCUUCGAUGAAAUUCAUUACAUGCGCGAUAAAGAGAGAGGCGUGGUGUGGGAAGAGACGCUUAUAUUGCUGCCAGAUAAUGUACAUUACGUAUUUCUUUCUGCCACUAUACCGAAUGCACGACAAUUUGCCGAAUGGGUGGCGCAUUUACACAAUCAACCUUGCCACGUGGUCUCCACAGACUAUAGACCUACUCCGUUACAGCAUUACAUAUUUCCAGUUGGUGGGGAUGGUAUUCAUCUGGUUGUAGACGAGACCGGUCAAUUUAAGGAGGAAAAUUUUAACAGGGCCAUGGCCUGUCUGCAGAAUAUGGGCGACGCCGCUAAAGGCGACACGAAGGGACGCAAAGGCGGUUUGCGCGCCACAAACAGCGGGCAAACAAACAUCUUCAAGAUGGUGAAGAUGAUCAUGGAGAGAAAUUUCGCCCCGGUGAUAAUCUUCAGUUUUUCGAAGAAGGAUUGCGAAGUUUACGCCAUGCAGAUGGCCAAAUUGGAUUUGAACACACUGGAGGAAAAGAAACUGGUGGACGAGGUCUUCCAUAACGCGAUAGACGUCCUGAACGACGAGGACAAGAAGCUGCCGCAGGUCACGAACCUGCUGCCGCUUCUGCGACGUGGAAUAGGCAUCCACCAUGGCGGACUCUUGCCGAUCCUGAAGGAAACGGUUGAGAUACUGUUCGGCGAAGGUCUGAUCAAGGCCCUUUUUGCCACCGAGACGUUCGCGAUGGGCCUGAACAUGCCCGCGCGGACAGUCCUGUUCACGGCGCCCCGGAAAUUCGACGGCAAGGACUUCCGUUGGAUCACCUCCGGCGAAUACAUCCAGAUGUCUGGCCGCGCGGGCAGGCGAGGCCUGGACGAUAAGGGGAUUGUUAUACUGAUGAUAGACGAGCAAGUCAGCCCGGUUGUCGGCAAGGCCAUCGUUCAAGGGAAGCCGGAUCCGAUCAAUUCCGCGUUCCAUUUGACCUAUAAUAUGGUUCUUAAUCUUCUUCGCGUGGAAGAGAUUAAUCCAGAGUACAUGCUGGAAAGAAGCUUCUUCCAGUUUCAAAAUCAAGCUGGCAUUCCAGCUCUGUAUAACAAGGUAAAGGAGUUGUACACCACCUACAAUACGGUGAACAUCGAGAGAUAUGAUGAGAUUUCUUCUUAUCACGAUAUACGCGAGCAACUCGAUCGACUGAGCGGGGAAUUUCGAUCGUUUUUGACGCAGCCAGAGUAUCUGGUGCCAUUUUUGCAACCCGGAAGACUGAUAAAAGUGAGAAACGAAUGUGAAGCGUUCGACUGGGGUAUCGUGGUGAACUUUAAGAAAAAGAAUCCGAAGAAUCCAGUGAAAGAUAAGACUGUCAUCGUUGUCGACGUUUUACUUCACAUAUCGAAAGACUCCAAAGAAGGCGCUCCGUAUCCGUGUCGCGAAGGCGAGGAAGGCGAAAUAGAGGUGGUGCCUAUCUCCCAUCAUUUAAUUUCUCAAAUCAGUUCGCUCAGGUUGUAUUACCCGAAGGACCUCAGGCCGUCCGAUAACAGAAGGAGUGUACUGAAAACGAUACGAGAGGUGAAGAAGAGGUUCCCAGAAGGUCCGCCGUUGUUAAAUCCUAUUACGGAUAUGCACAUAGAGGCUCAAGCCUUUAAGGAUAUCGUUAAGAAAACUGAAGCGUUAGAAAAGAGAUUGUACGCACACCCUUUACAUAAGGACCCUGAGGUAAAUGUACUAUAUGAACAAUUUUUACACAAGGAGGAAUUGGCUGUGCAGCUCAAGCAGGCCAAGGAAGAGUUCAAGCAGGCCAAGUCGAUACUUCAGAUGGACGAGCUCAAAUGCAGGAAGCGAGUUUUAAGAAGAAUGGCAUAUUGCACGUCGGCGGACAUCAUAGAGCUGAAAGGACGCGUAGCCUGUGAACUGAACGGCGCCGACGAGCUAUUGAUGACGGAGAUGAUCUUCAACGGUCUCUUCAACGCUUUAAGUGUGCCGCAGAUGGUGGCGUUGAUAAGUUGUUUUGUGUGCGACGAAAAAUCGAACGAAAUGCCUAAAAGCACGGAGGAACUGAGCGGUCCCCUCAGACAGAUGCAAGAUUUGGCACGAAGAAUAGCGAAAGUCUCAACGGAGGCCAACUUAGAAUUAGACGAGGAUGCAUACGUCGACAGAUUUAAGCCGUUUUUAAUGGACGUUAUUUACGCUUGGUGCAAAGGUGCAACGUUCUUACAAAUUUGCAAAAUGACAGAUAUAUUUGAAGGAUCUAUUAUUAGGUGCAUGCGCCGUUUAGAAGAAGUGCUUCGACAACUGUGUCAAGCUGCGAAGGGUAUUGGAAAUACAGAUCUAGAAAAUAAAUUCAGCGAGGCGAUCAAACUUAUAAAACGUGAUAUUGUAUUUGCGGCGUCUUUAUAUUUAUGAUGCAAAGAAAAAUAAAUUAGUGCCACAAAAUAA